CCAACCUAACCUAUAUCGCCAAAAAUAUUUUUUUGGCGUUAGGAAGUUAAACUUUAGACCGUAAAAGCACGAAGGCUUUAUUUGAAAAUGAAAAUGUCUAAUCCUAUUCGCUGCGCAUAGUAUUAUUAUACAUUUGGUCAAGUCACAAAGUCUGUGUGUGUGGCGGCUGUAAGUGUUAUUUGAUUACAGCGAUCUGAUUGGACCAACGAGAGACCUCAUCUGCAUGUGAUGUCAUUUGCUGCGCUGGCUGUGGAGAGACUCGAAGGUCCGAGAGCGAGCCAGAGAUACCGAGUGUGUGAGAGAGGAAUAAAACAGUAGCUGUGUUAUCUUAAGUAACGGCAAGUGGUGAUACAGACUUAUUCAACACCAGCAUCUUCGUUCUAACCGGAAAAUGACACUAUAAUGUUCCUGUGUGCGACCGUCACCAGCAGCAAAAGAGAAGUCCGGCGCAUUCCCGUGUUGAUGUGAGGACGUCUGCGUGGUACUGAAAAGUCUCAGACCAUGAACUACGUGGGCCAGCUGGCGGGCCAGGUGCUGGUGCAGGUGAAGGAGCUGUACCGCGGCCUGAACCCGGCCACGCUGUCCGGCUGCAUCGACGUCAUCGUGGUGCGUCGGCCCGACGGCUCGCUGCACUGCUCGCCCUUCCACGUCCGCUUCGGCAAGAUGGGCGUCCUGCGCUCCCGAGAGAAAGUGGUGGACAUCGAGAUCAACGGGGAGCCCGUGAGCCUGCACAUGAAGCUGGGGGACAACGGGGAGGCCUUCUUCGUGAAGGAGACGGAGAACAAUCAGGAAGUGGUCCCGGCGUACCUGGCCACCUCGCCCAUCCCCUCUGACGGGGGGUCUCUGAUGGGGGGGGCCGCGCUGCUGAUGUCCUCCAUGGGCUGCGGGGGAGGCGGGGAGAGCGUGAAGAAGAGGAGGAAGAGGAGGAGGAAGUCCAAGGUGGACAGCCUGAAGCGAGAGGGCAGCGCUGAGUACUCGGAGGACGAGGACAUGUUCACCAUCGACAUGAGCUCCAACGAGGGGGAGGAGCACGACAACAGCAGGACCUCACUGCGAGACAUGAUAGCUAAUGGAGGCACAUCCAGCAGCACUUUUAAGCCCACCACUGUGUACGCUUGCUCAGACGGAGACUGGAGCCCUAUUCAGAGCCCAGGCACGUCCAGGCCCUCCACCCCUAAGAGUGACUCAGAGCUGGUCACUAAGCAGUCCGAGUCCAAGCAGGACAAUCCAGCCAUGCUGUGGGCCUGGGGGGAGCUGCCUCAGGCUGCCAAGCCGGCGUUCCUUCCUCCAAAGCCAGGGCCGAGCAGCUUGGCAGUGUGCCCUGUGUCCAUCCCUGUGUCCGAGAACACACACAGCGCGGCAGUGUGCCCUGUGUCCAUCCCUGUGUCCGAGAACACACACAGCGCGGCAGUGUGCCCCGUGUCCAUCCCGGUGUCCGAGAACACACACAGCCCCGCAGUGUGCCCCGUGUCCAUCCCGGUGUCCGAGAACACACACUUCAGGGUCAUUCCACAGGAGGGCCACAGGGCACAUGCAGAAAACCACACAAACAGUCACCUCAAGCUGUUCAUCCCCACGGCAACCACAGCCGCCAUGGAGACAGAACCCAUGAGGUCAUCGUUGUCGGAGCACCAGGAGAUGGAGACAGAGACCAUAAGGCCCCAGUCUGAUCCAAUGAACAUCGAGCCAGAGCAGAGAGGGCGGGACGAAGAGGCGCUGAAGAGGGAGGCUGAGCCAAUGGGACGUGCACGUAUGCUGUCAGAGCUGGAGGAGGGCGGGAAUAGAGUUGGACCACGCCCUCUUAGCAAGACGGACUCGCCCUCUAAGCGUAAAGACAAGAGGAACCGCCAUCUUGGCUCCGAUGGUGUUUACCUGGAGGACCUAACGGAGCUGGAGCCUGAGGUGGCAGCACUCUACUUCCCUAAGAGUGAUGGCAGUGGCCCCGUGCGUGGAGGGGAGAGCGGUAUCUGCAGCCCCAGCAUGUCCCCCCAGUCCGUGGGCAGCUCAGGGGCCGACAGUGGGGUGGACAGCUACUCAGACCAGAUGGGAGACCUGCCCUCUAUCGCCAUCUCUCUGUGUGGAGGACUCAACGACAACAGGGAGAUCACUAAAGAGCACUUCCAUGAGAAGGCCCUGUCCUAUCAGCAGUUUGCAGAGAACCCCUCCCUGAUAGACGACCCCAACCUGGUGGUGAAGAUCGGCUCCAAGUAUUAUAACUGGAGCACCGCCGCCCCUGUCAUGCUCGCCCUCCAGGCCUUCCAGAAGCCACUGCCAAAGGCCACCGUAGAGAGCAUCGUGAAGGAGAAGAUGCCCAAGAAAGGAGGACGCUGGUGGUUCUCCUGGCGCAGUCGCAGUAGCACCAAAGCGGACUCUGUGUCAGAGCAUGGCACCUGUGGGACUGCAGACCAGGCAGGCAAGAUGGUCGCCAUGAACAGGAGGAAGGAAGAGUCAUCAUCCAGUGAUGAGGACCACCGAACUGCCAAGCAGACCCAAACCAUCCAAUCAGAGCCUUCGCUUACUCCAGGGGGCGUGUCUUACAAGAAAACACUCCGCCUCUCCUCCGAACAACUUGCCAGCCUGCAGCUGAAGGACGGGCCAAACGACGCGGUGUUCAGCGUCACCACGCAGUAUCAGGGAACGUGCCGCUGCGAGGGCACCAUCUACCUGUGGAACUGGGACGACAAGAUCGUCAUCUCCGACAUCGACGGCACCAUCACCAGGUCAGACACACUUGGACAUAUCCUGCCCACUCUGGGCAAAGACUGGACCCACCAGGGCAUCGCACAGCUCUACCACAAGAUCAGCCAGAACGGCUAUAAGUUCCUGUACUGCUCGGCGAGGGCCAUUGGCAUGGCGGACAUGACGCGCGGCUACCUGCACUGGGUCAACGAGAGGGGCACCAUGCUGCCGCAGGGUCCCGUAAUGCUUAGUCCCAGCAGCCUCUUCUCAGCACUGCACAGGGAGGUGAUUGAAAAGAAACCGGAGAAGUUCAAAGUGGAGUGUUUGACUGACAUCAAGAACCUCUUCCACCCAAACACACAGCCCUUCUACGCCGCCUUCGGCAACCGGCCUACGGACGUGUACUCGUAUAAGGAGGUGGGCGUGCCCCUCAACAGGAUCUUCACGGUCAACCCAAAAGGAGAGCUGGUGCAGGAGCACGCCAAGGCCAACGUGUCCUCGUACGUGCGUCUGGGUGAGGUGGUGGACCACGUCUUCCCUCUGCUGCUGAGGUCCAGCUCUUCUGAUUUCCCCUGCAGUGACACCUACAGCCACUUCACCUACUGGAGGGAGCAGCUCCCCCUGGUGGAGAGCCCGGAACCGCACCUAGAGACGGGCAGCAGCUGAGCCCCCGCUGGAGGCGUCACUUAUGGAGGAAUUAUCUUCCAUCACUGUUACCUGAUCAGACCACACACACACACACACACACACACACACACACACAAACACACACACACACACACAGACACACACACAUACACACACUCAGACAGACACACACACACACACCCACACACCCACACACCCACAUCCCAUAUCCUGAAUAACUCCUCUCCUAGUUCUUUUCAUUGACACCUCCAGGGACAUUCUCUCUCCAUCUUUAAAGUGUUCAUGUGUGUGUCUGUGUGUAAGGUUGUACAUUUUGAUUUCCCGACAUAGAGAUAUUUUGAUACUGAGUAAUGAUGAUGGAAAAAGACAAGACAAAGCAAACUGAUCUCUGAUCAAAUGCUCUCUACUUCCUCUUAAAUGCGUUUAUGCUGAUAUCAUGGAGAGUGUACGUGUGUGUGUGUGUGUGUGUGUGUGUGUGUGUGUGUGUGUGUGUGUGUGAGAACAGCUGAUCGCCUCCAACUGGGGUCAUGGUCAUGAAAACAAGAUUCUACGAUAUGUUGACAAUAUACACAUUUAUAUUCACAUAAUGCACAUACACAUACACAUGUUUUGUGCCAAAUGUUUUUUUGUAUAUGCUGUGGUUGAUAGAACUUAGAAUGUUAUUUAAAUGACCUUGAGGACUGUUACUGCUAUGCUAUGGGGACAGUGUUUCCUCGGAUUGUAAACUGCUGGAGCUUAAAAAAAAAUCUAUAUUCUAUACUGAAAAGAAAUCUUUAUGUAGAGAGCUAGUUACCUCGCUUUCCCUGUCAACAAAAGGUCACAUAGUUUUAUAAAGUAUGGAUGAGACAUUGUGUUGCACUCCCCAAAUGUAUUAUACCACAUAGACUCCAUUAUCCUCUCCCUAUGGUACCAUUUAAAGCACCCUAUCACACCACAUUAUCCUCUCCCUAUGGUACCAUUUAAAGCACCCUAUCACACCACAUUAUCCUCUCCCUAUGGUACCAUUUAAAGCACCCUAUCACACCACAUUAUCCUCUCCCUAUGGUACCAUUUAAAGCACCCUAUCAUACCACAUUAUCCUCUCCCUAUGGUACCAUUUAAAGCACCCUAUCACACCACACUAUCAUCUCCCUAUGGUACCAUUUAAAGCACCCUAUCACACCACAUUAUCCUCUCCCUAUGGUACCACUUAAAGCACCAGUACCAUUUUCCAGUUCCUCAUUCUGGCUCAGUCAAAGGUCCCUUUCCACAUUAGUAUGCCAGACUGGACAAAGCAAACUUGAGGCCUAGUCAACUGAAAUGGACCUGAAGCCUAUAGUCAGCUGAAAUGCAAAGCCCAUGUGUCUGUGUGUGAAAUCCCUGAAACCUCUUGAAAACUGCUGCACUGUAACUUAGCACAUGUGAUCACAGCGACAACAAGCUUCCUGUCAAAACUUGUAUUUCUGUUUAUUUGUGCAAAAUCCAGUACCUUAUCAAAUCUUGCGUUCAUGUGUGUGUGCCUUUUGCAUGACUCAGUGAUGCACAGCUUCAGUGGCAUAUGAUUUAGAACGUGUAUGUGGAUAUUUACGGAUUUGAUGGCUUGUCUGUUUUGAUUUUGUGUUUUGUGUAGAACAGUUCUUCACAGACUUCUCAGAUGAGUAGAGUUUGCACUGAGGGUAUUAAGUGAGUUGAUUUUUGACAGGUUAUAACAGGCUUGUGUGUGUGUCCCUAAAGCAUCACUUUUUGCACUUGUCUUCGAGAAGAAAACAACAACUUUAUGAAGUGAUAAUGAGAGGUAGCUUUGUGAAAACAUAUUACAACGAUAUUCUGGUGAUGUCACAAGAGGGUUAUUGAUUAACCCCAUGUGUGUAUGUAUGUAUGUAUGUAUGUAUGAUCAAUUGUUUUUUGUUGCUUAAUACUCCUGUGGUCCCUGCAAUUCAAGACCUGUAGGACUGUUACUUCUGAACUUAUUUGGAUUGAUUUUGAGGUAGGAACAGACCUGUACUUUACUCUCCGUUAUGCAUUGUUUCUGUAAAUUGAGAUUUAUUUUUAGAUAGAUGUGUGUGUGUCAUGAUGAUGGUACAUUGUGUCGUAUUCUUUCUAUGAAAGAGCAUCUGAGCAGUGUGCUGUAAGGCCACGGUGAUGGCCCCUCUGAAUCAUAUACUCUUGCAUGACAUUCUUGAGUGGCUGGAACUGGUGAGAUAUAUUUAAAGUACAUUCAUGUAUGUAUGUCUGUUAGUAUUAAUGUCAAUAAAAUGCCUUU